AUGCAAGCAAUCCAGCUUGGUUCCAACAUCCAACAGCUGCUUUCUCCUGGUAUUGACACUUUGCCUGAACUCUUGCAUGAGGAACUUCGAGGUCUCCAGCUGCAAGACUCUGUGGUUUCCAAGGUCAUCCCUUUCGUCUUCAGUAAGAAACGGCCCACCAGACGAGACCGAUAUGAUGUUUCUUCUAAAGUGUUGUUGCUGAUGAAGCAGUGGGACCGCUUAAUCCUAAGAGAGGGAGUUCUGUAUCGUGUCAUUAAGGAGAGUCACAACAAAACCGGAGAAAAUUCCAGUAUGUCUUACCAGAGGUGUUGCGACUCAAAGCAAUGACCGGCAUUCACGACCUUGCAGGACAUCAAGGCCAGGCUAGAACUCUAGCCCUGGCAAGACAGAGGUUUCUCUGGCCUGCAAUGGAGAGAGACAUCAAGGAGUAUGUACGCUGCUGCCAGAGAUGCGUUCUAGCAAAGACUCCAGAGCCAGUGGCUUAGAGCCCCCGUUAGAGAGCAUCAAAACCUGCUCUCCCCGUGGAGUUUGUUUGUUUGGAUUUUUGAACAGCGGAAGAAAGUAAGAAGAACUCAGUUGGACGUUCUGGUGGUGACUGACCACUUCACUAAACUUGCCCGUGCAUGGCCAUGCAGAAACCAGACAGCCAAGCAAGUAGCUCGUAAACUGUGGGAUCAUGUCUUCUGUGUCUAUGGAUUUGCUGCCAAGGAUCCAUUCUGAUCAGGGCGCGAAUUUCGAGAGCGAGUUAAUAGCAGAAUUGCUUAAGCUCUCUGGUGUCCAAAAGUCAAGAACUACGGCAUAUCACCCUAUGGGGGAAUGGAGAGACUGAACGCUUCAACAGGACUUUAGGCAGCAUGCUCAGGAGUCUACCCCUGAAAACCAAGGAACAUUGGCCUGAACAAAUCCAGUCAUUGACAUUCACCUAUAAUGCCACUGUUCACGAGACCACGGGCUAUGCUCCCAUUCUUUCUCAUGUUUGGUAGGGUCCCUCGGCUACCAGUGAAUGUGAUGUUCCACAAUGUCUUGGACGACUCCAGUGUUGUGGAUUGCAACAAGUAUGUCGAGACGCUGAUCACUGGGCUGAAGGAAGCUAUGAGUGUUGCCCAAAGGCACACUGACAAGCAACAGAGACGACAAGGUUGGGAGUACGACAAGGUCGGGAGUACGACAAGCGGGUUAAAGGCAUCAGUUUCCUCUGUAGCUCAGCUGGUAGAGCACGGCGCUUGUAAUGCCAAGGUAGUGGGUUCGAUCCCCGGGACCACCCAUACACAAAAAAAAAUUAUGCACGCAUGACUGUAAGUCACUUUGGAUAAAAGCGUCUGCUAAAUGGCAUAAUUAUUUGUCCAUGGGGGAUCGUGUCCUCAUCACCAACAAGGAUGAAGGGGCCGUCGCAAGUUGGCUGACAAGUGGAAUCCCGAGAUUUUUCACAGAGACUUCAGUCAAUCCACUUACUCACACAUACAGAAUCCAAGGCCGCGAUGGCAGUGAGAAGGUGGUUCACAGAAAUCUACUGCUGCAGGUGAACUUCCUGCCAUUUGAAAUGUAUGAUUCAGAGUACUUCAAUGACAGUGAUGCUGCAGGACCUUCGAUCAAUGUAGAUGCAGGAGAGGCCACGCAUUCCGGUGAUGGACUGGACAGGGAAGACAUGGAGGACUCUGUGGAGGAAAGUGCAUCUUGGAUGGCGGAGGAUUCAAGCGAUUACUCCGAGCUGAGGACAUCGGAUGAAAAGACAGAACCAGAAGAACCUCGCCUGCCUGAGGAAAAUGACCUGGGAAGCACUUCUGAGAUCCUGGAGCUGAUUCCUUCAAACCCUCCUCUGAUCAAUGAUCUAAGGCCAGAACCACUGUUAGUCACCAAAUGAUGAUGUCCAAGAUGCCUUCCGGUGGGCUUCUUAUCCCCAAGAGAUAACCUCCUUGACCACUGCUGAAGUGAAAGCUAUAUGUCAGCUCCAUAUCGACUGGGAAUGUUCAACGGAGAUGCAAGCAAUCCAGCUUGGUUCCAACAUCCAACAGCUGCUUUCUCCUGGUAUUGACACUUUGCCUGAACUCUUGCAUGAGGAACUUCGAGGUCUCCAGCUGCAAGACUCUGUGGUUUCCAAG